AUGGCAACAGUGUUUGAGCAUGAACGGAUCAUCCAUAAAGAUGGCUUCACGUACCAAGAACGCAUGGAGUUCCGACCUAUCAUUUACAGUAACACAGUGCAGUCUAUCCUGUCUAUCGUGAAAGCAAUGACUAAGUUAGGGAUCAGUUAUGAAAACCCAGCUAGAAUUGAAGAUGAAAGGAAACUCCGUGAAAUGGAAACAAAUCUGGAUGAUAGCAACAUGUCUUCUGAGCUGGUUGAACUCAUCCAGCAACUGUGGAAAGACGGCGGGAUCCAGGCAUGCUUUGCAAGGGCAUCAGAGUAUGAGCUCAAUGACUCAGCAGCCUAUUACCUCAAUGAUUUGGAUAGGCUAGCAAUGCCUGACUACGUGCCUAGUGAGCAAGAUGUUUUGCACUCCCGAGUGAAAACAACUGGGAUUAUUGAGACUCAGUUUUCCUUCAAGGAUUUGAACUUCAGGAUGUUUGAUGUGGGUGGACAGCGAUCAGAGAGAAAAAAGUGGAUUCAUUGCUUUGAGGGAGUGACCUGCAUCAUAUUCUGUGCUGCACUCAGUGCCUAUGACAUGGUUCUGGUGGAAGAUAAAGAAGUGAACAGAAUGCAUGAAAGCCUUCAGUUGUUCAACAGCAUCUGCAACCACAGCUGCUUUGCAACCACUUCCAUCGUGCUGUUUCUAAACAAAAAAGACCUCUUUCAAGAGAAAAUAGCAAAAGUUCAUCUGAACAUCUGCUUUCCUGAAUACAAUGGACUAAAUACAUUUGAAGAUGCUGGGAAUUAUAUCAAGAAACAAUUCCUAGACUUGAACAUAAGGAAAGAAGAUAAGGAGAUAUAUUGUCACCUAACCUGUGCCACAGACACCCAGAAUGUCAGGUUUGUUUUUGAUGCAGUCACAGAUAUAAUAAUCAAAGAAAAUCUGAAAGACUGUGGGCUUUUCUAGCCAUUUAUUUCCUGACUCGUAGUCCAGUUCCAUGUCUGUGCACUUUCUUCUCUUCAUCCUGCUUACUGACUGAAAUAAAACUCAGUAGGAAUGAAACAAUAUCAAUUAGGCUUUUGUUAGUUGUGAAUUGAAGCCCUGGGUACAGCGAAAGCAUUGCAAAAUUACACUGACUUUCUGUGCAUCAUAAGAAGAUUGAAAAACAUGCUUUGCUCCACAGAGAUGCUAGUGACUGAUAGAUGAAUCAAAGGGACAUUCCUAUCUCAAUCAAUAUGUUUUGUAGGUAAUCAGAAGCUGUCAGGAAAUUCCUACUUCAGUGUCCUGUGUUUUCCAGUGAGAGGGCUUAAAAGGAUAAUACCAAACAGCUAUUAGGUAACUGGCACGCUUAAAGCUUUAAAAAAGAAAAGUCAUAACAUUAAAAUACUAUCAGCGGAUAAUUUCCAUUCACUACUCAUGUUUUCAUGUUACAUUAACAACAAAAAAUGACAUAAAUGACAUUCCAUUAACUUAACAGAACCAAACUCCCAGACUUAACUGUCAUACGACAAAGAGCAGUGCAAAUCUGGAUGUUUAAUAACAGUGUUUUGAUGGAAUUGCUGAGAGACAUACACCUAGAAACUGCACAUAUGUGAAAUGCUGCUAUUCAGUUGCUGGGGGACAGGAAAGUAAGAUGGUGACAGAUAGCAGGUAAGUUUCUGGAAUCUCUGAGAAAGAAAAAAUAUUACAGUAACUGUCAGUUUCUGCAUAUGCCAUAAAGGCAAGCUGAAACAAUUUUUAACAAUUAAAUACUUGACUUAAAAAAACAAAACAGUAAUUAGUAGUUCUUCAGCUGAGCAGCUUUCCAGUGACAUCUGCAGUCAUUCUCACCAGGGCAGAGCAGAUGAGAAGCUCCUGUCCCCAGGGCAAAGCACAUUCGUGACACUCUGAUGCAGAGAUCUAUUAUCUAUGCAAAUUAACUGCUAAUGAAGAACUGCUCCCAUCCAGCUCUCCCUAAUUUAUUGUGCCUUUAACUAGAAAAAAAAUUAUGGUAAACAAAACCAGCAUUCUUUCUAAAUAUAUUAAACAUAUUUUUGGAAUUUUGUCUUGGAGCAACACUCACUUUUGAAAUAUGAUAAAUAAUGUUUAAAAAAAAAAAAAAACACCUUCCAUUGAAGACAUUUCAAGAGUGAUUAUUAGGCUUUGGUUCAUGGAGUAGCACCUUGAGGCUUCAGUUCACGGAGUAGCACCUUGACAGACACUUGCCAAGCUAAAGGGCAGUCUUCCUAUGCUUGAUUUUGAAAAUCAUGUGCAUGAAGCCUUAGUCAGAGCUGUGCAGAGAGCUGUCCUAAACCAGCACAUGACUAAGAUAUAAUUUGUACUUUCUGGAUUUCUAUUACGGCCUAUCUGUAAUGCUUCACUUGAUUAAUUUCUUGUUUGUGCUGAAAAUAAUGGAUUUCCAGUGGUAAGUUUCUGGUUUCAUUUCCAGCAA